CGCUUCGUCACUGUAAUAACUGUCUCGCAUUAUGGAGGACCAAGAGAUGCAACUGAAAGUUAGACGAGUGACAGACAAGUUCACGGAGAGCAUGUACGUCCUGGCUAACGAGCCGUCGGUGGCUCUGUACAGACUGCAGGAACACGUCAGGAGGUCGCUGCCUGAACUAGUGCAGCACAAGACGGAUAUGCAGAGUUGGGAGGAGCAGAGUCAAGGAGCUAUCUAUACCGUAGAGUACGCAUGCAGUGCUGUGAGGAGCAUGACGAACAGCAGCAUGUAUUUCAAAAACAUUGACGGUCUCCUCCGACAAGCCAUCAACAUGAAGGACCAGAUCAGCAACUCACAAGGACGCAGGAAAAGGACCACAGAUGCUGGCGUGCCAAAGGAAGGAGGAGAAAAGCACAGUUCUGGGAUGUGACGUGACUUCCUGAGCUGGUGGUGUUGCUUUCUACAGUCUCCUGCUUUACUGCCUCAUGGCUGCAUGUGGAUGAAGUGGGGGGGUCAUAGGGACGACACCUUCCUCCUCACAAUGGAGCGACUGCCUGAACUGACCCCAUAACUAGUACAAGCCGCUCUGUGGAACAGAGCACCACAGCGCUGCCAGGUUCAGCAUUAAAAACACUUAAGUCAUGGACGCCGCUCAAAGAAUGCAUUGUUCUCUUGGACUCACUGGACGGAGCAGAGGGAAAGCAGCAGCGCUGUUUUUGCCUCUGCUGUUGAAAACCCACUGCAGUGCCAGUGCUUUGAAUGAUCGUUUUCAGGGGGGUUUGAGUUCUUUCACGGCUAAACACAGAAAAUUCCAAUACUGAAAAUGUACAAAAAGAACAUGCAGAAGUGGGCGAGAAGGCAAGAACAGGUUCUCCGCUCGACCUUGUGUGUUCUGAAGUAAAUGUUCAACACAUACAGGUUCAACUGUUUUGUUCUUACCUGCCAGAUAAACAGAAACACCCAGGCAGAACAGUCCAACAGCCACGUGUCGAACAGCUCUGCUGUCUAAAAGGAACCAGUCUGCUCUGUUGAAGAAAUACCGUAUGUUGAGUGAAUGCAUAACCUGGAUACAUUAUGUUUACACUUUACCAUUGCAACUUAUGUUUUUAAAUGAAUAUAGAAAAACAAUUUUCUUUUUCUUUUAAUUUCUCCCCUGAGAAGUCAUCAUAUCAGGAUUGCGACUCCUAAAACAUUUGGUUAUUGCUUAUUCUGAUAUGUUUAAAUACAAGAUGUUGAGUGUAGCUCAUUGUUAUUCACUUUUUCUCAGAAUGUGCUCUCUGUCGGUGGGGAGGUCAUGGGGCAUGCUGUUGGGUUUGUAAACCGACGUGGGAAAGGGCCAGCAAGAGGCCGUGCACUGAGUGCAUAAAGAGAGGAAGGCCAUUGUUUCGAUGGGAUUCAUAGAGGCGGCGAGGUGGGGGUAGACCAACAACAUGGCAGUGUGGGACCCUGCACUCUGACACAUAAUGGCUUUCAUGUCUCUGAAACCAUGUUUUCUUUUAAUGAACCAUAAUUCAGCUUAAUGUAUGGUCAGGGAUAAUGCUGUGAUUUACACAGAUCAAUUAAAGGAGGGGGAGAAAUGCACACUAA